AUCUCCAUCCAUAAUCUGCUUGUUUAUCCUCAGUUAGAUCAAAAUAGAAAUACUUUAACAGAAAUAACCCUGUUAAAAUGUGAUUUUCCUGUAUUAUGGUUCAUAUCUGGAUGGAGGUGUGAACCUCUGGAUCCCAGAACCUCGUAUUUUGCCAGGGUGUUGACACAAAGUAGCGCAAAAUUUCGACCAAAAUAAUCACCGAACGCCUCAAGAUGAUGCUCGGGCGCAAACAGAGUCUCAAAGGCGAACCGGUGCUGGCCGACUACGGGCCCGACGAGGCUUUCAACGAAAGCGCCGACAUCGACUGGGUUAAUAAGAGAUGGGUUAGGAGAGUGAUGAGGAGCUGCGCCCUCCUCAGUUUGGCCUCCGUAUGCAGUAACACCCCGAAAACCUUCGAAUUAUUCCCGUUCAUGCAAACGGCCACCAUCAGCGUCGAUUCUGCUGUUACGUUACUUUUCACAUCCGAAAUGAUCGCCAAGAUGCACGCGAGAGGAAUAAUUGCGGGGGAGAAAUCAUACUUGAAGGAUCACUGGUGCAAGUUCGACGCCACCAUGGUCCUGUUCCUCUGGAUCUCGGUUAUUUUGCAAAUUUUCGAAAUCUUAGGCACCAUUCCGUUGUAUUCUUCCAUAUCGAUACUGAGGGCACCCAGGCCGCUUAUUGUUAUACGGUUCUUAAGAGUGUUUCUUAAGUUUUCUAUGCCUAAAAGCCGAAUUAAUCAGAUUUUCAAACGUUCGAGUCAACAAAUCUACAACGUCACCCUUUUCUUCCUCUUCUUCAUGUCCCUCUAUGGCCUCCUGGGUGUUCAAUUUUUUGGUGAAUUAAAGAACCAUUGCGUCACUAACACCACCAAGAAUCCCGAAGAUGUGACCAUAAACAACUUGGCCAUACCAGAUACCUUUUGCUCCCUGGACCCCAACUCCGGAUACCAGUGUCCCGAAGGGAUGAAAUGCAUGAAAAUGGACGGGGUAUCCAGAUACAUUAUCGGAUUCAAUGGAUUCGACGAGUUUGUGACAAGCAUAUUCACAGUAUAUCAAGCGGCAUCUCAAGAGGGUUGGGUCUUCAUUAUGUACAGGGCGAUCGAUUCCUUACCGCCCUGGAUGGCGGUUUCUUAUUUCAGCACCCUAAUUUUCUUCUUGGCCUGGCUGGUGAAAAACGUGUUUAUCGCCGUCAUAACUGAAACAUUCAACGAGAUUCGGGUUCAAUUUCAGCAGAUGUGGGGCAUUAGGGGGCAUAUCAGUAACAGUUCCGCCUCCCAAAUCCUAGUAGGAGACGAUAGGGGUUGGAAGCUAGUCACCCUAGACGACAACAAACACGGAGGUUCCGCCCCCGAUUUCUGCCAAAAAGUCCUCCAAAGUCCCUACUUCCGUAGUCUGGUGAUGGGCGUGAUCCUCGCCAAUGCGGUGGUGACCGCCUCGAUGAGUUUCAAACACGACAAACGACCCAGACAAGUCUUUUACGAGAAAUACUAUUUUCUCGAGCUCGGGUUCACCAUUUUGCUCAAUUUGGAGGCGACUUUUAAGAUCUGGUGUCUCGGAUGGCGCGGCUACUGGAAACACUCCAUACACAAGUUCGAACUGCUUUGCGCUAUUGGUACCACUAUACACGUCAUUCCUGGAUGUUACAUGACGGGCUUUACGUUUUUUCAAGUGUUACGCGUGGUAAGACUAAUUAAAGCGUCCCCCUUACUAGAGGACUUCGUUUAUAAGAUCUUUGGCCCUGGUAAGAAACUGGGCAGCCUCAUCAUCUUUACCAUGUGCUUAUUGAUCAUCUCCUCAAGUGUUUCGAUGCAGCUCUUUUGCUUCCUGGAUUUCACCAAGUUCGAGACUUUUCCAGAAGCAUUUAUGAGCAUGUUUCAGAUUUUAACGCAGGAGGCUUGGGUGGAGGUGAUGGACGAAAGCAUGUAUAGGACUCCCUCCAUGAUAGCCCCUUUGGUCGCUUUUUAUUUUAUUAUGUACCAUCUUUUUGUUACGUUGAUUGUGUUAAGUUUGUUCGUAGCGGUGAUCCUGGAUAACUUGGAACUGGACGAGGACAUAAAGAAAUUGAAGCAGUUAAAGUAUCGGGAGCAAAGUGCGGAAAUUAAGGAAACGUUACCGUUUAGGUUGAGGAUAUUUGAGAAGUUUCCUGAUAGUCCUUUGAUGGUCACCUUGCAUAAGGUGCCAAGUGAUUUCAACUUACCAAAGGUUAGGGAAAGUUUUAUGAGACAAUUCGUUUACGAGACUGAAGAUGACGAAAACGCCGAAACGGGCAUCAAACGGUUGACCGCGGACGAAAUGUUUGACUCAAAAAUCGUUUACCGCAAGCAGCGCCCUCUAAACAUCCUGAACAAACUCCCAAAAGUAAGGAGCGUAAAUAUAAAACUGAAAAAAACAACCGUUUGUCACAUAAUCAGCGAUUCAAACAACCAAAGACUGAUGCUGGGGGAUUCUUCAAUAAUUCCAGUGCCGGGCAGUAAAGCCCCAUUGAAACCUCAAGGCACCGUAAACAGUGUUAAACAAUUACGCAUCGAUCAUAAAAAGUUCGGUUCUCGAUCAAUUAGACGUUCGGUAAGGUCAGGCUCCAUUAAACUGAAACAAACCUACGAGCAUCUCAUGGAAAAUGGAGAUAUUGGGGUCAAUAGGGUCACUACCAACAGGGCGCGCCCUCACGAUUUGGAUAUUAAACUGUUACAAGCCAAGAGACAGCAAGCAGAAAUGAGAAGAAACCAAAGGGAAGAAGAUCUUAGGGAGAACCAUCCGUUUUUCGACACCCCGUUAUUCGCAGUGCCCAGGGAGAGUCGCUUUCGGAAAUUUUGUCAAUUAAUAGUUUACGCCCGUUACGAUGCGAGACUGAAAGAUCCGCUUACUGGAAAAGAGCGAAAAGUGAAAUAUAAGACUUUACACAACUUCUUGGGGUUGGUCACUUAUUUGGACUGGGUAAUGAUCGCGAUGACCACCCUGUCAUGCCUGUCGAUGAUGUUCGAGACGCCAUUCUACAGGGUGAUGGAGAAUCCGAGUUUACAAGUGGCAGAAUACGGUUUUGUUAUCUUCAUGAGCAUCGAACUCGCCCUAAAAAUUCUUGCGGACGGUUUGUUUUUUACCCCGAAAGCCUACGUGAAGGACGUAGCAGCCCUUCUGGACGUCUUCAUUUAUUUGGUCAGCUUAACAUUCCUUUGUUGGAUGCCCAAAAGUGUCCCCCCAAACUCUGGCGCACAACUCUUAAUGAUCCUAAGAUGUCUCAGGCCGUUAAGGAUCUUUACCUUGGUGCCCCAUAUGAGCAAAGUAGUCUACGAGCUCUGUAGAGGCUUCAAAGAGAUCCUGCUUGUAUCCACCCUAUUGAUUUUACUCAUUUUCAUUUUUGCCAGCUACGGAGUGCAACUAUAUGGUGGUAGAUUGGCUCGUUGCAACGACCCAGUGAUCACUAGAAGGGAAGAUUGCCGAGGGAUAUUUUGGCGAAGGGUUUUCGUGACUAAAAUGAAGGUGCCGCCCAGGGAGAACGAGACUUACCCUCAGAUGUUGGUACCAAGAGUGUGGGCGAACCCUAGAAGAUUCAACUUUGACAACAUUGGCGACGCCAUGCUUACCUUAUUCGAAGUUCUCUCGUUCAAAGGGUGGCUAGACGUAAGGGACAUUUUAAUAAAAUCCCUGGGACCGGUACAUGCCAUUUACAUUCACAUUUACAUAUUCUUGGGUUGCAUGAUCGGAUUGACCCUAUUUGUGGGCGUGGUGAUUGCCAAUUACUCGGAAAAUAAGGGCACCGCACUUUUGACCGUGGACCAGCGCAGAUGGUGCGAUUUAAAAAAACGGUUGAAGAUCGCGCAACCUUUGCAUCUACCCCCACGUCCCGAUGGUAAAAAGUUUAGGGCGUUCAUCUACGAUAUCACCCAAAAUUUAAAGUUUAAGAGGAGCAUCGCCAUAUUGGUUUUGGUCAAUUCGCUUCUACUCAGUGUCACUUGGGAAAAGGAAGAUCCAACAACGGACACCCUGGUGACGAUAUCCAUGAUCUGCACGCUGAUUUUCCUGGUGGAGGUGAUCAUGAAAAAUAUCGCCUUCACCCCUAGGGGAUACCUGCAGUCCCGACGUAACAGAUACGAUUUAUUCGUUACUGUUGUGGGGGUGAUUUGGAUGUUCUUCCAUAUAAUGUUCAAGAGCGAACUGACGUACUUUAUCGGGUUCAUGGUGGUGAUCCUGAGAUUCUUCACCAUUACGGGCAAGCAUGCGACCUUAAAGAUGCUCAUGCUUACUGUAGGCGUGUCGGUUUGCAAAAGUUUCUUCAUCAUUUUUGGAAUGUUUUUGCUGGUGUUCUUUUAUGCUUUGGCCGGUACCAUUCUCUUUGGUACCGUGAAGUAUGGAGAAGGAAUUGGAAGACGUGCAAACUUCCAAUCUCCAGUUACAGGAGUUGCCAUGCUCUUCCGUAUAGUAACCGGAGAAGAUUGGAAUAAAAUAAUGCACGACUGUAUGAUCCAACCGCCGUAUUGCACCCCCGCGGCCAACUAUUGGGAAACCGAUUGUGGAAAUUUCAUGGGGUCGCUCAUUUAUUUUUGCACUUUCUACGUCAUCAUCACUUAUAUAGUCUUAAACUUACUUGUGGCUAUUAUCAUGGAGAAUUUCUCCCUGUUUUACUCAAACGAAGAGGACGCUUUGCUCUCGUAUGCUGAUAUACGUAACUUUCAAAACACUUGGAACGUGGUGGAUAUCCAGCAAAGAGGAGUGAUUCCCGUGAGAAGAGUCAAGUUUAUUUUAAGGCUAUUAAAAGGGCGUCUAGAGGUGGAUCCUCAAAAGGAUCGCGUACUCUUCAAGCACAUGUGCUAUGAGCUGGAGCGCCUUCAUAAUGGAGAGGAUGUCACUUUCCAUGACGUCAUUAACAUGUUAUCGUAUAGAAGUGUAGACAUCAGAAAGGCUUUACAACUAGAAGAACUAUUGGCUAGGGAGGAGUUCGAAUAUAUAAUCGAGGAAGAGGUGGCCAAGCAAACCAUACGAACCUGGUUAGAGGGAUGUCUUAAAAAAAUCAGAUCAACCAGUAAGCAACAAAAUAGUUUGAUAGCGGGUCUGAGGGCUACCAAUGAAGCAGUAUCGACACCUGAGCAGCCGGAGGAGGUGCUGAAGAACCUCAAAAGUGUGGUAGCACCAGAAAAGGAGAGUAAAACUGAGGCGGAAGCUAACAAGGAGAAUAAGCCGCAAAUUACUGUUAAGCAGAAGGCUGAUAGUUUGCCUAGGUCGGAUAGUAUUGGUAGUACGUCAGGUCGUAAGUAUUUGGCUCCGACCUUAUCCGAUCCCUCUGCGAGGCAAGAAAAGGAAAAGGUGCCACAGACAAAGAAAAAAUCGAAUUCAGUCAGGCCCAAUCCAGUCAAUAAGAAUGUCACUCACUUAAAUGAUAGUGAGCAAGUUAAGGUGCCAAAUAGGGAGCCUUUAACGAACAAACCCAACAUUCCAAAAACCACAAACGCAAUGCAAGAAAUCAAGGAUUGGUGGAACGAUCAGCUCGCUUAUCAGUCAUCGAGCGAUGAGGACUAGAAUAGAAGGUUAUUGUAGAGAAAUGUUUUAUUGUUCAUAGUAUUGUACUAUUUUCUUUUUAAAUAAAUAAGUUUGUUUCCAAA